AUGGCAAGUACUACUGAACCAACGACAGACAAGAGAGAAGAAGAGUCAAUGGAGAACCCCACAGCCGAAGACGAAGACACCGGAGCUCAGGUCGCCCCCAUCGUCAAGCUCCAAGAAGUCGCUGUCACCACCGGCGAAGAACAUGAAGAUGCCCUUCUUGAUAUGAAAGCAAAGCUAUAUAGAUUUGACAAGGAAGGGAAUCAAUGGAAAGAGAGAGGUGUUGGCACUGUCAAGCUUCUCAAACACAAGGAAACUGGAAAGGUUAGGCUUGUCAUGAGGCAGUCUAAGACUCUUAAAAUCUGCGCCAAUCAUCUUGUUCUAACUGCUAUUGCAAUGCAAGAGCAUGCGGGCAAUGAUAAGUCAUGUGUGUGGCACGCUCCUGAUUUUGCUGAUGGCGAGGUGAAGGAAGAGCUCUUUUGCAUUCGUUUUGCUUCAGUUGAGAACUGCAAAACUUUCAAAGAAAAGAUUGAAGAAAUUAUUGAAUCUCAAGGGAACAAGUCUGUAGGGAGUGAAGAAGCCACCACUGCUGCUGACCUUAUGGAAAAGUUGAGUGUUGGAGAGAGCAAAGAUGUAGAAGAGAAAACCAAGGAGGCUCCUAUUUCGGCAGAGGAGAAAAAAGAUGAGAAUGCGAAGCAAGAAAAUCCAGGGGAUGAUAAGUAG